UUCAGCCGUCAAGGGAAGUAGGUCGAAAAAGUAUGUAGUCAAUGUCUAAUUUUCGGAUUAUUUCACUAUCAUUUACAUUUAAAUAUUCCUUUUUGUAAUGCAAAGUUUUGCAAAAUCGCCUUGAUUAUGAAUUUGGUUGAUAUAUCUUAGGCAACACGUAACCUUAGUGGAAAUAUACUCAAAGACAUAUGGCAUAGAAAAGCGAAGAUGGCCGAUAAACACAGCCUGAACUAUGACGUAAGGGAGCUGAAAUUAGGGGCCAGUUUCACCAAUAACAAAACGUCGCAAUAUCAUACGAUUAAAUAUGAUUUUAAGCCAGCAUCGGUGGAUGUCAAUAAGAUGGCUACAGUGGAUGUUGGGACCAAUAAUCAAGUGACUGUGACUGUGCCACAUUUAGAUGGCGCUGGUGUACCCCAAACAGUUUUCAAGGGCAGCCAAAGGCCGUACACAAAGGAAUGUGUACUUAUCAUAGAUAGGGUAACCGGAGAGAUUACGUUAGAGAAGCUGUCCAGCAAUAUACAAGUCAAGAAGACAAGACAGGAAACGAGUCAGAAGCCGCGGCCGUUGACGCCCGUCACGUCUGACUUCAUGAACACCACGCAGCGCUCCUCGUCGAGGACACGGGUCACGACCAACAAACGUACUAAUAAUAACCCAGGUGCCGCAGCUAGCGCUCAGCAGAACAACCAGGCCCGUUUCAACAAUGGCGCUCAGAAGUCUCAGAACGUUAUGGUCAGAUCCCCUCCAAGGGUCAAGACUUCUCCCCCACAAGCUCCUUGGUCGGCUGGCGGUAACAGUACGCACGCAUCGCUCCCUAUGAUAGGGCUAGAUGAUGCACUAGCCGGCGCCUCGCCGCCGCCAGCGCCCGCCCACGGACCCGCCCACAACGCCCACGGCAGCUCCCACAACACCCACGGGCCCUCCCACAACUCCCACGCGCCUGCACAAAACGCUCAUGUGCCUGCGCAUAACGCCCACGUGCCUGCGCAUAACGCCCACGUGCCCGCGCAUAAUACUCACGUGCCCGCCCACAAUGCGCAUGUGCCCGCCCAUAACGCCCACGUGCCAGCGCAUAGCGCCCACAACGCCCACGUGCCCGCCCACGCUCCACACGUGCCAGCGCAGGCGCGUCACCUGCCACCGCCAGCGUCGAUACCACCGCCGCCCGCUAACACGCAGCCACAAGCACCGCGCCAGGAAGACAGUUCGUCCAGCUCCUCGAGUGACAGCGACAGUGGCAGUGGCAGUGAUAGCGACAGCGACGACAACGAUACCAGCGCGCGACCACCAGUCACUAACGGUACCGCAAGCAAUGCUGCCCUUCCAACCGACGUUCUCAAUGACGACCUUUGCCUCUCCGAGUCGGGUAGUGACUCCGACUGACCCUCACAAAGACAUUUUUCGUUCCCCAUCAAAUAUAUCCCAUAACAUUAACUUUCCGG